AUGGCAUGGAUGCGAUGUGAUGCUAUGGUGAAGGGAUGGCUCACCACGCCCAUGGAAAAGAACAUACAAAGCAGUGUGAAGUAUGCGAACACGGCUUCAGAAAUCUGGUCAGAUCUUUGUGAGAGGUUUGGCAAGGAAAGUGCACCUAGGGCGUAUGAAUUGAAACAACAAAUCGUCUCUACACAGCAAGAUGGAUCCUCUGUAUCAACUUAUUACACGAAGCUUCGAGGUCUCUGGGAUGAAUGUCAAUCUGUCCUACCCACACCCCAUUGCACUUGCCACGGGUGCACCUGUGGGCUUGGAAAGCGAUUGACCGAGCAUCAAGAAAAAGAAAAGUUAUAUGAAUUCGUAAUGAGUCUAGAUGCUGAAUUCACUAUAAUUAAAACACAGAUCCUGGCAAUGCAACCGAUACCGGCUUCGGGAACAGCCUACCACCUUGUCACAGAAGACGAACGACAAAGAAGCAUCUCAGCCGAUAAGAAAGCCUCAUCAUACGCUGCUGCUUUUAAGGCCUACGUACCCACGCGACAUGAAGGUGGCAAGAAUUAA